AUGAACCCUGCCCAAACUUACUACUACUUACUUACUUACGACGAGGUUUCUUCCGAGCACCACACGCCGCCACUCAUAGGAAAGGUUAUUGAAAUCACAAAGCCACUAUAUGAAACGGUUCUACCGGCAGAGCCUACACAGGACGAUGUCUCUUUCUCGUCGCCAAGACGGAUGGCUUCUUCAGAAGAGGAUCACCGACUGCGGAGGGAACCGCCAUCACAACAUUCUCCACGACCUCCGCCUCAGGAAAUUGCUUUGUUGCCCAGACGUUCCAUAGCUGUCCCAGCUCAAGGGGUCACUCUGUCUCCGCAGGUGUCUCCACCUCCUCCACCUCAAAGAACGCAUGUAUCAGCGCGGAUUUCUCCGACAGCUCCUCAUCAAUCAUCCUUAAAGAAGCGAUCACCUUCACCUCUUCUCAGAAAGGUUAUGCCAACGUCAUCAGUGAAGGCGCCGCGCACUACUCAGCUAUCGACUAACAUUUUCACACGAGCUAGGUUACCGCAAGCGAAACUCCCUUCUCUCGUGCAGAAAGUACAAGCGAAAGGAUCGUGCAGUAAAUGCGGGAAGAAAGUGUUGCCCCAAACAAGUACUAAUCAAUCUAAAACUUCGCAGCAACCGAAAACUUUGCAGCAACCAAAAAAACAAACGCUUACCAAUACUCCGAUGUCACCCAAAGUCCCAUUACCAUUCGCUAUUAUGGCUGGAGAAGUUUCCGUAGAAAUGCCGGAGGAAGAUAAAUAUGCUAAACUGUCGUCACCCAACGAUGAAGAUUCAGAUUCCGACUCUGAUUCUGAUGACUGA